AUGAGAGAGAAGUUUACGGUGUACGACAAGAACAAGAGCGGUGACAUCGACAAUCAGGAGAUGGCCAAGCUCAUGCAGGACCUCUGUCCAGAUUUGGCCACGAACCGGGCGAAACGUGCCGAGAUCACUCGGAUCCUGUCUGAGGUGGACCCGGACAAGACCGGCUUGGUGGACUUUCCCGAUUUCCUGAGGCUCAUGCGGCAAGUGGAUGAGAUGCAAGAUCGUCUUCGAAUGGCAAAGGAGGCCUUCGCCAUCGAGAAGUCCAAGUUCUCCUCCCGUGAGGUGGAAGAGUUCCGAAAGCUUUUUCUGGGCGAGGAAAACAAGAAGGGCUGCUUUCGUGGACAGCUUCGCCUCGAGGAGUUUCUGGAACUCCUGGAGCCGGUGGUGGGCUUGGGUCGAAAGAACGGAGAAGACUUGACUCAGCUUUUCUUCGAAAUUGACCGGCACAUGCAUCCUGAGUUUGCUCAGAAGGUGGUGGAGCCCACCAGCCCCAAGUCGCGCAAGCCUCGCUAUGGCGAGAUCGACCUCAACAAGCCCCGUGUGGCUGUGGAUUUUCCGGAGUUCCUCAUUCUCAUGUCACUGCUUUUGGAGAAGAACCUGUGCCAAGUGAAGGAGAAGAGCACCGUCAUGGCAUCAUCGAAGAACAGUCACAGCGAGCGACGAGGGGCCCUCAAGCACAUGAAUGCUCGGCUGCACUGA